GUGUAAUUGUGUUUGUACUGUGUGUUUGUGCACGGCAUUACGUCGUUUUGUUUUCCUGGCGAUUUUCCGCUCGUUGUCCGUUUACGUCGAUUUCGUCGCCGACACCACCGCAGCCRCCGCCGCCGUCGUUUUUGAACGUCGCACCGUCGUKUCYGCGACGGUUUUCAGUCACGCAGCGAAACACGCCCGCGUGAACGAUAGGGGUUCCCAGGGACCGGACACGCGUCGUCGUCGUCGGCACGCCGUCGUGCGGCUGUGCGCGCGCGAACGCAACCGUGGAAACCGCACGCUCUCGGAGAUGUGACCGUCGGACUCGUGGCACAGCCGCAGACGCUAGCCGCAAGCAGGCGGUCCAGUUGACGCUAGCCGCUGCGUCCGCAGCCGCCAGCCGCAACAUGGCGUCGUCCAACACGGAUUCGCCUGGUACAAUUUAUAGAUGGAUAGAAAGAAAGCCAUUAACAGAAGCAGUUACAUGGACAUCUAGAGAAAAAUUUUGGUUAAUUACAGCUGCAUGUCAUUAUGGGACUCAUGAUUGGAAAUCAGUUGCUCAAGUUGUUAGAAAUGCUGGAGAACCGUACAGACCUCGAGAAUGGUAUACACCUAAAAGCUGUGAGCGCCAGUUUAAAAUCCUUGUAUCUAAUCUUAGCAAGGAAGCAAAGUCAUUACCCCUUAUUGAUAUGCUGCAACAUAUUGCUGAAGGUUUAAAAAAUGAUUACAUACGAGAAGCUAAUAAAUCAAAAGAUACUUUAAAAUCAAAGUAUUGUAAUUUAUUCAGUAUUUUGAACCGUGUGAAGCAAGGAAAUUUGUCCAGAAAUGAAGUUGUCAGUCUUUAUUCACAAGCAAGAAGGAAUGAAAUUGAAGGAAAACAAUAUAUGGAUCAACUUAUGACUAGGCAAAAUGCUAGUCUAGCUUCUGAAAAUUCAAGUUCUGGGUUAAUAGAAGAGCAGCCAAUCAAAUGGAAUACGCCAUCCGCACCAUUAUUAACRAGUMWUCUUAGAUCUCGUAAUACUAUACCAGCUAAUAGGACUGCCACUACUAUUGCUUCUUUAUUACAAACUCCUGGUGGUACAUCAAGGACUAGAUCUGGAAAAUUAUUACCAUUAACUCCUAGCAUUAAAACUACACAAGACUGCUUUCAAAUUUUAACGUUGUUCAAAAACAUUGAAGUGGUGAUAAAUAAUCUAAUUUACAUCAUGAAUCAUGAUCUAGUGUCAUUUGAUUGUUUAGUAAAUAACUUUAUUACUGGUAUUUCACAAAUGAAUUAA